AUGGCUGCAUCGCCCCUGCUCUUUCUCCUUGGAGUUCUCUCCUUCAUCUUUCCAGUAACCGCCUCUGAUAUCUCUCCUCUUCUCUCCACCCUUUCCUCGUCUACUAAGGUUUACUAUCCUAGCGAUGCAAAUUGGACCGACACCGUCCAGCGAUGGACCACUUGGGAGGAACCCACCUUCUCUCUGGCCAUUAAGCCUGCCUCCGUUGCUGAUUUGCAGACGGUUGUCAAAUACGCUUUCAAGCAUGAUGUUCCCUUUUUGGCCAGUGGUGGUGGCCAUGGAUACAACCCCUCUUUCGGGGCUCUUCAAAAUGGUCUCAAGAUUGACCUGGGCCUGUUCAAUGGUGUCACCAUCGAUACAAAUCAGAACACUAUGACUAUUGGUGGCUCUGUUAAAUUUUCUCAAGUGACUGGACCUCUCUUUAAAGCUGGAAAAGAGAUUCAAAUUGGCUCCUGUCCUUGCGUGGGAAUGGUGGGCGCUACCCUUGGUGGUGGUGUUGGUAAAUACCAGGGACUCCACGGACUCAUUCUUGAUGCUUUAGAGUCGGUCCAGCUCGUUACCCCUACUGGCGAUCUCAUCACCGUCUCUGCCACACAGAACAAAGACCUAUUCUGGGGCCUUCGUGGCGCUGGUUUCAACUAUGGAAUUGUCACCUCGGCCACAUACCACGUCUACGAUCUAACCAACAACGGCAAUGUGCUCAACGUCGACUUCAUGUUCCCUGCCAGUCUUAACGAGACCUUUUUCAAUAUUCUGGCUAGUUAUGUAACCUUGCCUGCCGGUCUGUCUUUGCAUGCUUUGGCUAUCAAUUAUCCUUCACCCGUUAUCCUCCUCAAUGCCGUCUACCCUGGUCCUAAGCAAAAAGGGCUCAAUCUACUUGCCCCCUUUCUCGACCUGGCCUAUAUUGAACGCAACAUCACCAUGAUCCACUGGGAUGCAAUCAACGAGGUUGCCGGUUUUGGACUGGGAAAAGAGUUUUGCGUCAAGGGCCAAAAGUUUGAUCUUUGGUCCGCUGGCGUACGCUCCAUCGACGCAACGACACAUAUCAAUUUCUUCAACAAGCUCGUCCAGUUCUGGCAUGACUACCCCUCUGCAUCAGGAAGUGCCUGGCAGGUUGAGUACUUUCCCACCCAGGCCGUCACUGCUAUUGCAGAUGACUCCACUGCCUAUCCUCAUCGCCAAAUCAAUGCCCAUGAAAUGUUUACAUUUCGCUUUACCGAUAGCUCCAUCAGUGAUAAGGUAGAUGACUUUGGGCUUUCCGCCGUCGAGGCCUUCAAUGCUACCAGCGGAUUCGAUGAUUUGCACAUCUACGUCAGCUAUGCACAUGGCACGGAAGGAUUGGAUGCUAUGUAUGGCGCGGAGAAGCUGCCUCGGUUAUUGAAGCUGAAGAAGAAGUGGGAUACCAAGGGCAUGUUCAGCUAUAACAAUGGAUUGCCUCACUAA